CUUUUUUCCUUUUUUUUUUUCCUUUUUUCUCUUUUUUUUUUUUUUUUCCCUCCCCCCUUGCCGCGUCCCCGCAGCGUGUCCCCGUCCCUCGGGAGGACAUCGCUGGGGAGCUGGGCAGCGGCGAGGAUGUGCCGGCCCCCGCGGCGGAGCCAGCAGUGAAGCGCCCGAGGGAGGCACCUGCCCCGCGGAGCCGCCGCGCCGGCGCGGGGGGGGGGGCGGGCGGGGGGCGCACCGCCUCGCCCCGGCGCCGACACUUCGCCCCGAGUUUAACGACUCCCGGGGGCUUCGAGCAUGAGCAAGCCGGCGGGAUCAACAAGUCGCAUUUUAGACAUCCCUUGCAAAGUGUGUGGGGACCGCAGCUCCGGGAAGCACUAUGGGGUUUACGCCUGCGAUGGGUGCUCGGGAUUUUUCAAGCGGAGCAUCAGGAGGAAUAGGACCUAUGUUUGCAAAUCGGGAAAUCAGGGAGGCUGCCCGGUGGACAAGACGCACAGGAACCAGUGCCGGGCCUGCCGGCUGAAGAAGUGCUUGGAAGUCAACAUGAACAAAGACGCGGUGCAGCACGAGCGGGGCCCGCGGACGUCGACGAUACGGAAGCAGGUGGCCCUCUACUUCCGCGGGCACAAGGAGGAGAGCGGCGGUGCCCCGCACUUCCCCGCCGCCGCCCUGCCGGCGCCCGCCUUCUUCACCGCCGUCUCCCAGCUGGAGCCCCACGGCCUGGAGCUGGCCGCCGUCGCCGGCACCCCGGAGAGGCAGGCUCUGGUGGGCCUGGCGCAGCCUACCCCAAAGUACCCGCAUGAAGUCAACGGUACCCCCAUGUAUCUCUACGAAGUAGCCACCGAAUCCGUCUGUGAGUCAGCAGCCAGACUUCUGUUCAUGAGCAUCAAGUGGGCCAAGAGUGUCCCAGCCUUCUCCACCUUGUCCUUACAAGACCAGCUGAUGCUUUUGGAAGAUGCUUGGAGAGAACUGUUUGUUCUAGGAAUAGCACAAUGGGCCAUUCCAGUUGAUGCUAACACUCUACUGGCUGUAUCUGGCAUGAACGGUGACAAUACAGAUUCUCAGAAGCUGAAUAAAAUUAUUUCAGAAAUACAGGCUUUACAGGAGGUUGUGGCUAGAUUUAGACAACUUCGGCUAGAUGCUACCGAAUUUGCCUGUCUCAAAUGCAUUGUCACUUUCAAAGCUGUGCCUACACACAGUGGUUCCGAACUGAGGAGUUUCCGAAACGCUGCCGCCAUAGCAGCCCUUCAAGAUGAAGCCCAGCUCACUCUGAACAGCUACAUUCAUACCAGGUAUCCCACACAACCCUGUCGUUUUGGAAAACUUUUAUUGCUUUUACCAGCUUUACGUUCAAUUAGUCCAUCUACAAUAGAAGAAGUGUUUUUCAAAAAGACCAUUGGGAAUGUACCAAUUACAAGACUGCUUUCAGAUAUGUACAAAUCCAGUGACAUAUAAAUUACCUUAAAAUAAACAAUCAGGACGGACAGUUUGAGAAGAACUUUUACCUAUGGAGAAUAAGCCUCAACUAACAAAAUCUACAGGAAGCAUAAGCCUGGGAAUGUUUAGCCUUUAAACCCAUUGACAAAAAAUACCCCAGUAGAUAUGAUUCUGCUGCUCUGAACAGAAUGAUUUAGAUCAUGGAGAGAAUGCUUUGUUCUACAGAAAAACUGAAAGUGGUUGGAAUUUGGCUGCUAUUCCUGUUACUACAGGAUGGAGGCAAUUCAGAUGCCAGUCAUAGUUAACAAAGACUCUGCUAUUCUCUCAUUUAACUGGCAGAUCUGAGACAAAAUGUGAAAGAAGGUACUUUAGCUUGUUCAGUAUUUGGAACUGGGUGACCAAACUUGGCUUCUGUUGUAACAUGAGAUGCGGUGGCCUUCAGAACUGUUUUAAAAGUAGCCUAUGUUGGGAAAAUGGUUUUAAUACGAUAGGCAACAUUUAAGACCAGGUUACCAAAACAUUGCUUCUGCUAUAAUACAUCAUGAAGUGGCCUUCAGAACUGAUUAAAAAGUAGCUUAUGACAGCACCUGCAUUCUUCCUGCAAAAUGAACUGGUGAUCUUUGAUGCGGAUGUCACCACAAUUUGUUCAGUUAACAUCUCAAAGACAGAAGAGCUUUAUACACUUCCUCCCUGACCUUCCCUCCUUUUCUUCCACCCACAGACACACAUUCACACACACACCCCCCCACCUGAAAAGGUACAAGUCAAGAAAGGAAGACUAAAACAGCAAAACCAAAUACAAUGGAGAUGACCGCUUCAGUGACCUGCUGGCUGUCCCGUUGGCACAGUGCUGAAACCAAAGGCAACGGUGGCCAAACUCUUUGUCAAUGAGAUGUGCAGAGAAGUGAAAUGACUAUUAAAAAAAAAAAAAAAAAUCAAUGGAAGGAAUUUUAUUUCAAAGAAAUAAAGGUUGUUGACUGAUACAAUGCUAACAAUUUCCAAAAGUCUCCAAUGCCUUUUUAGAAAACUCCAGGUUCUAAUGUUGAAGCCUUGUUCGCCUACACCCUCUCACACACAAAAAUGUUAUAAGCUGCUUAUUUGAUGUAUGAAAAAUGUAGAAAAAAACAUUUAAAGAUAGCUGCUGUACUUUUCAAAAUUUGAUUUGUUAUUAGGAACUAGCACUGAGAAAAAUCAGCACUUGGACUAUCAUAGAAUGAGUAAAACUUUUCCUGUACAAAGUGGAUUAACUGAUUUGUGAAGUUAAAAAGUUGUACUCAUUGUAUUUACAAAGAAUAAAAAUAUAUUGAAUUUAAA